UUACUUUAUUUAGUUGUGAAUGACACUGUAGAGCUUGUUCUCUUUCAAACCUUUUCCUGUUUUAUACUUCUCACAGAGUGCUGCUUCCUGUGUCUCAGCCUCUGUGUCAUAGCAGAUCUAUGUUGAAGUCUGGUCUCUCCAGUAUCUCUGAUGACAGCUCAGAAGAUUUAAAAAUUUGAUUUACGUGGUUAUUUGAUGGGGUAAAACAGUCAGUUCUGUCUAAAAUAGAGUAUUCUAUCUGAAUAAAUUAUAGGUCUCCUGAAACGUAGGAUUAAAGCCAAUGGAGUGAUAUGGUAACUACUGAUAGCAGUGUUGCGAGAUGUCAAACAUUACAGAAAUAUUGCUGAAUACUCUUCAGAACCUGUUGGAAAUGGACCUGAAAUCAUUCCAGUGGCAUCUGAUCAAUGGUGUGGAUAACUGCAUCCCGAAGGGCCUGCUGGAGAAGGCAGAUAGACAUGACACUGUGGAUCAGAUCGUACAAAGAUAUGGACACAAUGAAGCUGUAGAGAUAACACUGGCCAUCCUGAAGAAGAUAAACCAAAACCAAUUGGCAGAGGAACUGAUGACCAAGCUGAGAAAGGGUAGAGACAGAUGUGAAGAGAUACCUGGAAAGCAUGCAGCAGUGUCCUCCACUGCAGUUCAGACUGAAGACUCAGUUAGUGCUCUCACUACAGGAGAACACCUUGAUACCAAAAUGAUACUGAAAAAGCAAUACAAGAAAAAUUUUACUAACUUGUAUGAAGGAACUUCACUGGAAGGUGAUUAUGUGCCUUUAGAAGACAUUUAUACUGAACUCUAUGUGAUUGAAGGCUGCACAGGAGGAGUGAAUACUGAGCAUGAAGUGAGACAGAUAGAGGGUUUUUAUCCCAAAAUAGAAGAAAAACCAAUCAAAUUCAGUGACAUUUUCAAGGUACAGUCCAAUCGAAAUGUGCUUGGUACUAAAGUACUUACACUGGGAAUAGCAGGAGUGGGCAAAACAGCCUCUGUACACAAGUUUAUUCUUGACUGGGCUGAGGACAAAUGCAAUCAGGACUUAGAUUUCAUUCUGUUUCUUCCUUUUCGUGAGCUAAACUUGAUCAAAGACAAAAUGUACACCCUCACAGAACUUUUAUUUUAUUUUCAUCGUGAACUCCAAGAUAGUAACAUAAUGGAGAUAUUAAAUGUUAAUUAUAGUGUAGUUUUCAUAUUAGAUGGACUGGAUGAAAGUAAAAUAUGUCUGGAUUUUAAUCAAAAGAAACCAUCUAAUAUACAAGAGAAGACCACUGUUGAUAAACUAAUAACAUAUCUCAUCAAAGGACAGCUGCUUCCCUCUGCUCUCAUCUGGAUAACCUCCCGACCUGCAGCAGCCAAACAGAUUCCACGCAAGUACUUUAGGCGUGUUACAGAAAUACGUGGAUUUAAUGACCCACAGAAAGAGGAGUACUUCAGGAAGAGAAUCAACAACCAAGAUAAUGCCAGCAGAAUUAUUUCACACAUUAAGACAGCAAGAAGUCUUCAUAUCUUGUGUCACAUUCCAGUUUUUUGUCGGAUCUCAGCCACUGUGCUUCAGGAAAUGUUGAAGGAGGGCAAAAAUUUAAAAAAUGCCCCUAGAACUCUUACUGAAAUGUACACACGUUUCCUGCUGUUUCACACAAGGCAAAAGAAUGAGAAAUACAGCAUAAUGCAAAACAAGGACAGCACAGUUUCAUCAUCUGAGAGACUAGGAGUAGAGGGCAUACUUAAGCUUGGAAAGUUAGCCUUUCUUCAGUUAGAAAAGGGACAGCUUAUAUUCUAUGAAAAUGAUCUGAAAGAAUGUGGCAUUGAUGUUGAUGAAGCUGUAGUGUUCUCUGGAGUUUGUACACAAAUCUUUAGAAAGGAUGAAAAGAUCUUCAGCUUUGUUCAUUUGAGUUUCCAGGAGUUUCUUGCUGCUGUCUUUGUGUUCCUCACAUUCAGAGAUAAAGGUAACCCACUCCUUCAAACUACACUGGAGAAAAUAAAGUGGAAGUUCACACAUAAACUGGGUGAUCUCCUCAAGACAGCAGUGCGUAAGGCCAUUAAGAGUGAAAAUGGACACUUGGACCUUUUUCUCCGUUUCCUCCUCGGCCUCUCUCUGUGUUCCAAUCAGAGACUUCUCAAGAGUCUACAGCCAGAAAUGGACAUUAAAGAAGAAAGUUUCGGGGGCACUGUAGACUACAUUAAAAGAAAGAUCAAGAAGUUAGGGUCCUCUGAAAAAAGCAUCAAUCUCUUUUACUGCCUGAGUGAACUGAAAGACAAUUCUCUCACAAGUGAAAUUCAGGAAUACUUGAACUCAGGAGAUCUUUCAAGACAAGAACUCUCAAAUACACAGUGGUCAACUCUGGUGUUUGUGUUGCUGAUGUCAGAGGAGUCUCAAGAGAAGUUUGAGUUAUACAAAUACAAACCAUCAGAUGAAGGACUGUGGAGACUAUUGAGAGUGGUGAAAAACACAAGACAAGCUCUGUUGGAUCAUUGUAAUCUGAGUAAGGAUGGCUGUGAAACUCUUGCAUCAGUUCUCAGUUCAGAUUCAGCAUUGAAAGAGCUGGACCUCAGUAAUAAUGACCUGCAGGAUUCAGGAGUGGAGAAGCUCUCUGCAGGUCUCAAGAGUUCACACUGCCAACUUCAGAUACUCAGACUAGCUUUGUGUAAUCUUGGGGAAAAGACUUGUGAAUAUCUGGAAUCAGUUUUAAAACUGGAAAACUUCUCCUUGAAAGAGCUGGACCUCAAUCACAAUGACCUGCAGGAUAUGGGAGUGGUGCUGCUCUCUGCUGGACUGAAGGAUUCACAUUGUAAACUGCAAAUUCUCAGAUUAUCUGGUUGUAUGAUCACAGAGAAAGGAUGUUCUUCUCUGGCUUCAGCUCUGAUAGCAAACCCCUCACACCUGAGAGAACUGGAUCUGACCUACAACCACCCAGGAGAGUCAGGAGUGAAGCUACUCUCUGCUAGACUGGAGGAUCCACACUGCACACUCAACACGCUUAGAGUGGAACAUGGAGGUAAGAUCAGAAUCAACCCGGGACCAAAGAAAUAUUUCUGUGAGCUCACUCUGGACCCAAACACAGCACACACACGUCUCUCUCUUUGUGAGAAGAACAGAAAGGUGGUAUGUGUGAGAGAGCAGCAUUCAUAUCCUGAUCAUCCAGAGAGAUUUGAUGAGUAUCAACAGAUUUUGUGUAGAGAGAGUGUGACUGGACUCUGCUACUGGGAGGCUGAGUGGAGCGGGUGGAAAGCUGCCAUAGCUCUGACAUAUAAAACAAUCAGCAGGAAAGGAAGCAGUAAUGACUGUGAUUUUGGAUGGAAUAAAAAGUCCUGGAUUCUAUACUGCUUCUCUGAUAACAGUUAUUCUGUCUGUCACAACAGUAACAAAACUGAUAUUCCUGCCCCUUCCUCCAGCUCUAGGAGAGUAGGAGUGUAUGUGGACAGUCCAGGCGGAACUCUGUCCUUCUACAGCAUCUCUCCUGGCACACACACACUGAACCACCUACAUACAUUUACCACUACGUUCACUGACCCGCUGUAUGUGGGAUUUAGACUUUAUGAUGCUGGCUCCUCGGUGUGUGUGUGUAAGAUAGAAUAACCUCCUGUGUGUGUUAUUCUAUCUGAUCUAUCUGAUUUUCUCUACACUGAUCAUGAAUAGAGAUGUUCACUUUCAAAACACUGGUUGCUGUGAUGUAUUAUGAGUGAUACGUUCCUCCUUCACUGCUAAAGUGUAGAGACCCCUCUUCUCAGACACUGGCAGGGGCUUGAGAAGCUAUUCUUUUUUCCUGAGUGCCGUUCAUUCAUGAAAAGUGUGUGGUGUACUUACUUCCUUUCCUAAAACACUCUGUGACAUAUAUAUUAAGUGACUAUAAAUUAACUCCAACAAUCACACUUACACCUCUUGAGAAAAAUAUGUAUGAGAGUGCAUAAUCUUUACAUGUACAGUGUUUUUCAAAAAUAAACCUGCA